AUGUCGGCUCGCGACGUAAUGGCGGCAAUGCUCGAUGAGCUAAUGGGCCCGAAAAGAAAUGUCGAACUGGGAAAAGAUACAAAAGUUUCUUUUGACGUGAGUUCCUCAUUAAACUUAACAUUUUGAUUGUUUUUUGCAGGAUCCAAAUAUCUGCCCGUACUACUUGGUCGGUUUCUGCCCGCAUGACAUGUUCACCAACACAAAAGCCGAUUUGGGCUCCUGUCAGUUGGUGCAUGACGAUAAUCUGCGAAGAAUGUACCCGGAAUCUCCUGAAUACGGAAAACUGGGAUUCGAGAGACGCCUGCUGCGAUUUUUAGUGCAACUGGACGAGGAUAACAUGCGUAGAAUUCGAAAGAACAAGGAUAAAUUGUCUGGAAUGGAUGAUAACGGAAGAGUUUGUUGAACUUCGAUAAAAGUUACUCAAAUGUUAACUAUUUCAGAGAAAGUUGGAAGAAGAAAAGAAGCAAGUUCAGCGCGACAUCGAAAUGAUCGACGAAGAGCUAAGAAUUCUGAUGCAAGCUGCUGAGCAAGUAGGUUUUCUUGUUAUUUUCUGAAACGUUUUCUUAUCAUUUCUCUGCGCUCUCCCAUUCCUUUGCUAUUUUUGUCGAAUUAACAAGCGCAUUAGUGACAUUCUGUGUUUGGUAUCAAAUUUGUUUGAAAACCAGUUUUGUUUUCCUCUUUUUUGUCAAUUUCACAUUUCUGUCAGGCGGGCAGCGAAGGAAAUGUGUCGAGAUGUCAGGAAUUGGUGACCAAAAGCGAGCAAAUCGGUGCCGACAAGAAGCAUUUAGAAGAGCGGCUUGAGAAGCUCCACGAGCCCGUCAUGCCUGUCGUUCCGCCGCUCAUGGAGGAGAUGGCCAUCAAGCCGAUGGAGGUAACCGAAAUCAUCUGGAAUCUUGACGUUUAUUGAAAAAGUUAUUAUUUAGGUGUGCGAAGUUUGUGGAAGUAUGCUCAUCGUCAACGACGCUCAGCAACGUGUCGAGGAGCACUUGACCGGCAAAAUGCACACAGGUUUCCAGAAAAUCCGGACUAUGAUACAGACGUUGAAGGUAAGUGAGCCCACCGUUGUUUUCUCAUGUUUUUUUCAUCUUAAUUAGGCGGGCGGUAUCAAAAGAAAGUGUGUCUGAAACUGAAACAGUGACCAAUUUACAACGCAAUGUGCUGCGUCGGCAGGUAUUCCCCCCAAAAAUAUUCCCCAUCGGUUCAGGUGUCUCUUUUUCUGCUCUUUCUCAGAUUUUCCUCAGAGCAUCAGACAGGUAUAUAUUGCAAUGUAUAACCUUUUAUCGAAAAUUUAUCGCAAUUACAGUUGAACAUUUUAAGUUUUCAGGACAAAUUGAAGGAGAUGGAGGAAGCCGAUGAGGCAAAAAGAGAGGAACGCAGAAAGUGAGUUUCCAAUGAUUGCGAGUGCGCUCUGAUAAAACUUUCAACGCUUUUUCAGAGAAAAAGCAAACGGAGACCGUGGCCGUGACGACCAUCGCGACCGGGAUCGCGAUCGUCGUGAUCGUGACCGUGACGGAGACCGCGAUCAUCGCCGUCGUCGGAGCCGUUCUCCGUACCGCUCCAGCCGGGACGAACGCCGUGAUUCGAGGGAUUCAAACUCGCGCCGAAAUGGGGGCGGAUACAACGACCGCUACGACCGUCGUCGCGACCAUCGUGACCGUCGAUAUUAG